AUGGCCUGCCACGUCAACGCACAACGGCAACAUCUCCUCAACGAAGCAGCGCGACAAAACAGCGAUGCAGUACGCGGUCUACGAGAGCAAUUAAACCAUAUGCACGAGAGCAUGAGCGAUGCUCUGUUCGCUUGUGCCUCGCUGAAUGUGGUCUACAUCUUUGCCUCGGCUGGUCCUCUCUCAGACCAGACAUCUAGCGACGAUUCUACAAAACCUACGAACCGACACACACUAAACACCGACUGGAUCCCGCUCAUGCGCGGCGUAGGCGUCGUCGUACAAGCCGUCCACCAACAAGUCCAUAAAGGGCCUCUAGCACCUUUACUAGAAAUAGAUAACUGGUUCGAACUCGAUCCCGAAACCGCUUACGCCCCCGGUGAUGCUGACUUACGAUGUCUGUCUGACGUCUGGGCUGGCGAUAGUAGCGGCAAAGAAAUCUACGACGAGACGUUGAAUUCCUUGCGGAGGUGCAAUGCCUAUCUCCACCAUCCGCACUACAAUUCUGCAACGUCUCCCAUUACACCCCACAGCCCCGAAGAACAGCGGAAAUGGGGCUACAAUGGUCCUUGGGCAGGUCCGAUGAUAUGGAUUCAAUUUUUGUCGGAAGACUUUCUGGCGCGUCUGUAUCAGCGGCAGCCGUAUGCGCUCGUGUUGUUUGCACAUUUCGGCGCAUUGAUGCAUUCUUUAGACCGUGUGUGGUGUUUCGAGGGCUGGGGCAAGAGGAUUGUACUUGUUGUAGGCGAGAUACUGGGGAGCUAUUGGGAUGGCUGGAUGAGCUGGUGUCGGGCUUACGUUGAGAAGUGA